AUCCACCCAAUACAAAUACGUUUACUCUUCCUCUCUUCCAAGAAACUUCUCUCUCUCUCUCUAUUUGUGUUUUGUGUUUUGUGUUGGAUGGCUGCAUUUCUCUUUCUCUCGAUUUUUAGAACCUAAAAAAAAAAAUCCCCAUUCAUUCGUUCAUUUCAUUCUCUAUAUAAUUAAUUUUGCAGACAAUCCAAUACCAUUAUUCAAUCAUGCGACCAGCCGCCAACUCCACCACCGCUGCAUCAUCCAUGCCUCCUCCAUCUUCCGCCGGACAACGCAGUCGUCCCCGCCGUCGUACUGAUUUGACCCUUCCUCUUCCUCAACGUGACGUUGCUCUUGCUGUUCCUCUCCCUCUUCCACCAACCUCUGCUCCUUCCUCUUCCUCAUCCUCUUCCUCCCCGCUUCCUACCCCUUUACAUUUCUCUGAGCUCGAGAGGGUUAAUCGCAUCGGUAGUGGCACCGGAGGUACUGUUUACAAGGUUCUACACCGUCCCACUGGAAGACUCUAUGCUUUGAAAGUUAUCUAUGGUAACCAUGAGGAUUCUGUCCGUCUUCAGAUGUGCCGUGAGAUCGAGAUUCUACGAGAUGUAGACAACCCUAACGUCGUCAGGUGUCACGAUAUGUUCGAUCACAACGGAGAAAUCCAAGUUCUUCUCGAGUUCAUGGAUAAAGGCUCUCUCGAAGGGAUCCAUAUCCCUCUCGAACAACCUCUCUCCGAUCUAACUCGACAGGUUCUAUCCGGCCUCUAUUACCUCCACAGGCGUAAGAUUGUUCACAGAGAUAUCAAACCUUCUAACCUCUUAAUCAACUCCAGGCGUGAGGUCAAGAUUGCAGAUUUUGGGGUCUCAAGAGUUCUCGCACAAACUAUGGAUCCUUGCAAUUCCUCAGUGGGUACCAUCGCUUACAUGAGUCCCGAGAGAAUCAACACAGAUCUGAAUCACGGACAGUACGACGGGUAUGCUGGGGACAUAUGGAGUCUUGGGGUGAGCAUCUUAGAGUUCUACUUGGGAAGGUUCCCCUUUUCUGUGGGGAGACAAGGAGACUGGGCCAGCCUCAUGUGUGCCAUUUGUAUGUCGCAGCCUCCUGAGGCACCACCCAGUGCUUCUAGGGAGUUUCGGGAGUUCAUUGCGUGCUGUUUGCAGAGGGAUCCUGCCAGGCGGUGGACGGCAGCCCAGCUAUUGCGCCAUCCCUUCAUCACCCAGAAUAGCAGCGGCACCACCCACACCGGUCCUGCUACUACCUCACUGAGUCAUCCAUUGUUACCUCCACCUCCUCAUUUUUCCUCCUCUUCUUCUUCUUGACGGUUUUAGGUUUGGAGAAAUUCCCCACUCUCUUUUGUUUUACUUAUUAAUUUUUGUGGUUUUAUUUUGUGUAAUCUUAAAAUGUUGUUUACUGAUGAUGGAUUUUUAUUGAAAAAUGGGGCUGGUUUCCACUUUGAGGGAAGUAGAAAUUAUGGGUUGCCCCAACUUAGAGAUUCCAUUAAUGAUAUUUUGGAUAUUUAUUAAAUCAUCCUAAGUUUUGCUUGUGA